AUGGAACAAAACUCAUUAACAUUUCCAAUGGAGAGAAGCUUCAAAAUCCUAAGGAGAUCCAUCCACAGUUUCAUCAAGAACUACAACUACACCACCACCUCUCUCCUCCUUGCCUUCCCCUUCUCAUCAGCACUCCUCUUCUCACAGUUCUUCCUCCCCUCCUCCCCUCUCUUCCUCACAAUCCACAACCACCUCAAUUCCCUCUUUGAAGCUGCUGGAUUUCCCCCCUCAUCACAACUCUUCACCAUCCUCAACCAUUACAUCUCCCAAACUAUCACUUCUUCCAUCCUUGUCCUUCCCUUCACCCUCUCUUUCCUCCUCAUUUCCAAGGCCUCCAUAAUCCAUGACUUCCUCCAUGAUCAUCAACAACAAAAGUCUUCUUUUGCCUCUUUCCUGUCCAUCUACAACUCGAUUCUUUCGACCCAAAUUUGCAACUCUCUUCUCAUACUCUCCGCGAACGCAUCUUGUUUCUCUCUCUUGUUCGUCGCCUUCAGCUGUCUAGAAGCUUCCGGGUACUCCUCCGCCUCAUCCCUCCUCUUCCUUUCUGCGACCGGAGCCAUUCUCUACUCCAUAAUUCUUGGGAACUCCUUUAUAGUGUGCAAUUUAGCGUUGGUUACAUCAGGAAUGGAUAAAAGCGGCGGCUUCUCAGCGAUUCUCAAGGCAUGUGUUUUGAUACGAGGACGGACCGCGACAGCUCUGGCGCUGGCUAUUCCGGUCAAUAUGGCUCUGGUAGCAGUUGAAGCCUUGUUCCAUUACCGGGUGGUGACAUCCUUUAAUACUACCUCUUCUUCCACUGCUUUUGAAGGGAUUUUUAUCGCCUGGGUGUAUACGAUCAUCGUGGUGAUCGAUACGAUUGUGAACUACAAAUUCUUUAAGAGCUGCAAAAGGGGCUUUCGGAUAGACGAGGAGGGAGGAUAUGCUUACCUCGUUCGAAUUGAAGGGCAAAAUGGGAAGACUGUGGAAGAGCUUCCUUUGAGUUCUAAAGAUGCAGACAACUUCAUAUAA